AUGGGGCAGGGCCGGUCCAUCCCGACCACCCCUUUGCAAUGUCUUCUGAAUAACUUUUCUGAUUUCUUUAAGAGGGCUUCAGGAUUUGGGGUCUCCAUCAAGCCAGGGACCCUCCGGAACUUUUGUGAAUUAGAGUGGACCACUUUUGACGUGGGAUGGCCCUCAGAGGGCUCUUUUGAUUUGGUCUUGGUUAGGAACGUUGAGGCUGUGAUCCUUGGGAAUCCCGGACACCCAGAUCAGAUUCCAUAUAUAGAGACGUGGCUAGACAUCGCCAAGACGAGACUUAGUUACAUUAAACGGUGUCAACGGAAACUCCCAGGAUCCAUGUGUCAUUCUCGCCUUACGGUUAAAAAGGGCGGAGAACCCCACAUCAGAUUGUCCCUCACCCCCUCAUCCACAAAACCCCACAUCCUCACGGAUGAUCAGACGGGGCCGGAGGACCCUCUGGACACGUGGACUCAGCCACCUCCCUAUGCCCUGAAUUCCCAGGCCUCCGGGAGCCCGCCCCACACUUCCCACAGUCCGUCCCGAACCCGGAGUGGACUUCCGUACGGUCCCCAUCCACCUGUUCCUCCGAAGUCCACUCUGCCCUUGCCGUCCUCUGGCCCCGGGGGCAAGGGUGACAAACGGGUGUCGCUGGCCUCCCCCGAUCCCGGCCCUGAGCCCUCCACCCUGUUGCCCCUCCGGGAGCUUGCCCCUGCGCAGGGGACGGACCGUCCAUUUAUGGUUUAUGUCCCUUUCUCCACAAGUGACCUGUAUAACUGGAAACUACAAAAUCCUCCUUUCUCUGAAAAACCACAAGGCUUGAUUUCAUUACUAGAAACGGUUUUUCACACCCAUCGUCCUACUUGGGAUGACUGCCAGCAACUCUUGCAAGUUCUUUUUACUUCCGAAGAGUGCGAUCGGAUUCACCUCGAGGCUUGGAAGCAGGUUCUUGGCACAGGUGGCCAACCUACCACUGACCCGGUUAUUCUAGAAACGAGCCUCCCAGCCCAACGACCCAACUGGGAUCCGAAUACGGUUGCUGGUGACGGAGCUUUAACCAGGUACCGCCAACUUCUUCUACAGGGCCUCUGCGGCGCAGCCCGGAAGCCCACCAAUUUGUCUAAAGUUAGUGAGAUCGUUCAAGGGCCCCAGGAAUCCCCUGCCGCUUUCUUGGAACGCCUACUUGAGGCAUAUAGGCAAUACACACCUAUAGACCCUCGGGCGGCCGAGAACACGAGAGCAAUUAACAUAGCCUUUGUUACACAGUCGGCCCUAGACAUUAGGGAAAAGAUUCAAAAUUUAGACGGGUUUGAAGGGAAGAAUCUCAGUGAACUAGUCGAGAUAGCUCAGAAGCACAGGAGUCGAGGGACUCCACGGAGGAAUGGGGUUCGGCCCCGCCUAGAAAAAGAUCAAUGCGCCUACUGUAAGGAGAUGGGCCACUGGAAAAACGAGUGUCCCCGUAAGAAGAAAGUGGACCCAAAAGGAAAGAGUCUCCUCACUCUUGAGGAUGACUGAAGGGGCCAGGGCUCUGUCAAUUUGGGCCCCGAGAGCCCUUGGUUAACCUUAACUGUGGGGGGCCGCCCGACCACCUUCCUGGUAGAUACUGGGGCAGCCCACUCGGUUCUCCAGAAAAGGGUUGGCCGUCUUACUGAAGAAAAGACUCAGAUCAUAGAGGCAACAGGCCGACCCAGGGCUUACCCUUGGACUUCAGCUUGUGUGACUGAUCUGGGAAAACGGACUAUAACUCAUUCCUUCUUGGUAAUCCCCGAAUGUCCCUACCCCCUCCUGGGGCGAGCCCUCUUAAGAAAAUUGCGAGCCUUGGUGUCAUUCCAAGAGGACGGCACUCACCUCAGCCUGGGCUCUUCGCAGCCUGCUGCCCUUCUGCUUACUGUACCCUUGCAAGACGAGUAUCUCUUCUUCGAAAGUCAGGUCCCAGAAAGCCCUUCUGACGCCUUAAAAGAACUCCAAAAAGAGAUUCCAGGAGUAUGGGCCGAAAACAACCCUCCUGGUCUGGCGUCUCAUCAGCCACCCGUCGUGGUACAGGUCAACAGUUCAGCCACCCUGUUUCGGAAACCCCAAUACCCCAUUCCAGCCAGGGCGAAGUUAGGAAUACGUAAACAUAUACAGAGACUGUUGGAAGCAGGAACUUUAGUACCCUGCAGGUCGCCAUGGAACACCCUGCUGUUACCAGUCAAGAAACCCGGCACCGAGGACUACCGGCCAGUUCAGGACUUACGUGAGGUAAACGCCCGGGUACAGACUGUCCACCCUACCAUGCCUAACCCCUACAGCCUACUCAGCCAGCUGCCACCAGACCGGGAAUGGUACUCGGUCUUGGACUUAAAAGACGCUUUCUUCUGUAUACCUCUGGCCCCGGUGAGCCAGCCUCUGUUCGCCUUUGAGUGGACGGAUCCAGACCAGGGCUUCUCGGGUCAACUUACGUGGACCCGGCUGCCGCAGGGGUUCAAGAACUCCCCUACUCUCUUUGAUGAAGCUCUGAGUAGGGACCUUUCCUUCCGGGAAACCCAUCCCGAGGUUACCCUUUUGCAAUAUGUGGAUGACCUGCUCUUGGCGGCAGAGUCCGCGUCUGUGUGCCUGCAGGCGACUCGAGACCUCCUGACCGCUCUGGGCUCCAUGGGUUAUCGGGUUUCGACAAAGAAGGCACAGAUCUGUAGUCAGAGGGUGACCUAUCUGGGGUACGAUCUAAGUGGGGGAAAACGGACACUGUCGGCCAGCCGAGUCCGAGCAAUCCAGAAUAUUCCCACGCCUAUGACUAGAAGACAAGUCAGAGAAUUCUUGGGCACGGUAGAGUACUGCCGGCUUUGGAUCCCCGGCUUUGCCGAGAUAGCGAAACCCUUCUAUACCAGCACGGGAGGAAAAGGUGACUCCCUCAUGUGGACUGAGAUUGAGCAAUCGGCAUUUCAGGCUCUUAAAAAGGCUAUUACCACGGCCCCUGCUCUAGCCCUACUCGACCUUAAGAAACCCUUCCAACUCUUUGUGGCUGAGGCUCGGAGUAUAGCAAAAGGGGUUUUAACCCAGACUCUGGGCCCAUGGAGACGGCCGGUUGCAUAUCUGUCGAAACGACUAGACCCAGUGGCAGUGGGGUGGCCCACUUGCAUGAGAUCAAUUGCCGCAACGGCGGUUCUGGUAAAAGAGGCCAAGAAACUGACCCUGGGCCAGGACCUCCAAGUCAUUGGGGCUCAUGCCAUGGAAACCCUCCUCCGCAGUCCACCGGAUCGGUGGAUCUCCAACGCCCGAGUGACUCAGUACCAGGUACUUUUAUUGGACCCUCCGCGGGUCACCUUUUCCAAAACAGCGGUCCUUAAUCCAGCAACCUUACUGCCAGACGAUCAACACGAGAGUCCCACACAUGAUUGUGCUGAAGUCCUCGAUACCCUCAGCGGCACCAUGGACAUACCGCUAGGACUGCCAGCCCUCAGCUUGUUUACAGACGGGAGCAGUUUCGUCAAGGACGGGAUUCGAUAUGCGGGAGCAGAGGUGGUCACCAGUUCUGAGGUAAUAUGGGCACAGUCUCUGGGACAUGGCACGUCAGCACAGAGGGCAGAACUUAUUGCCCUGACACAGGCCCUCCGGUGGGGGAAGGGAAAAGCUCUCAACAUUUCUACGGACAGCCGAUAUGCUUUUGCCACGGCUCAUGUCCAUGGAGCACUAUACCAGGAACGAGGGCUGCUAACCUCUGGAGGGAAGGACAUUAAGAAUGCAAACGAGAUUAUGUCCCUCCUGGAGGCUCUCUGGCUACCUGAACGAAUAGCUAUAAUUCAUUGCCCUGGGCAUCAACGGGAUGGCUUGGCGGUCUCGCAGGAAAAUAACUUCGCUGAUAGAACCGCAAAGGAGGCUGCCUUAAGACCAGUAGGGCCCCUCGAAAUUCUCUCGGUUCAGAUGCCGUCCCGGGCUCUCCCGGACCAACUGACCUACUCGAAGGAAGAUAUCGAGCUGGGCAGGAAGUUACAGUGCUCUGAGACUGAGGCGGGAUGGCUGAAACAUCCCGAUGGAAGAAUCUUUCUCCCCCAAGCGCUUGGGCGGGAUCUUCUUCUCCAGACCCAUCGAGCCACACACCUGGGAACAGUCCGACUCUGUCAGUUAUUCAGACCCCAUUUCUAUCUGCCCGGACUAUCGACUCUGGCCGACUCCAUAACCUCCGGAUGCGCUACCUGUGCGCGAGUUAAUGCUGGCCCUAGCUGGCCCUCUACCGCCCCAGGCGUUCGCCAUUGUGGAUCCCAGCCGGGAGAGCACUGGGAAAUAGACUUCACUGAGGUAAAACCUACCCGAGGUAGGUAUCGCUAUUUAUUGGUCUUCAUCGACACCCAUUCCGGGUGGGUCGAAGCGUUCCCUACGAAGGGAGAGACAGCCUUGAUUGUUGCCCAGACUCUCCUGCAUCAAAUUAUACCCCAAUUUGGCGUACCUCUAGCUCUGGGUUCCGACAAUGGCCUGGCGUUCAUCGCCCAAACUUCCAAAUUGGUAGCCAAGGCUCUAGGAAUUGAUUGGAAACUGCAUUGUGUCUAUAGGCCACAAAGCUCAGGGCAGGUAGAAAGGAUGAACAGGACUUUAAAGGAAACCUUAUCAAAAUACACUCUUGAAGUUGGCGGUCACUGGACGGACCUCCUUCCGUUUGCCCUCCUACGCACGCGAUGCUCCCCUUAUAGGAAGGGGUUCACUCCCUUUGAAAUUGUAUUUGGGUGACCGCCUCCUCUGCUGCCCCGCCUGGUGGAGGAGACGUGCGCCGAGUUGUCUAACCACAACUUGCUUGAGUCCUUGCAGGCCCUUGAUCGCGUCCGGCACGAGAUUCGCCGACAGGUUCGGUCUAACAUGGGCGACACUACUGAGGCUCUGGACCCCACGCCCGACCCUCCCCCACGUGUAAACCCAGGAGAUUGGGUUUUUCUCGCCAACGGAGAUAUGACCCCCAUGGCUGCUUCCCCGGAUUCGCGCAUCCGGCACGCUGUGCCUCUCCUCGCUCCUCUUUUAGUUGGGCUGGGCAUCGCAGGCUGUGCGGCUGUCAGGGCUGGUGGCUUGAUAAAAGAUAGCCAGGAUAUAUUCCACCUCUCUGAACAAGUUGAUAAGGACUUGCAGGAGCUCCAUGGCUCCAUCAAGUUCUUGGAACAGUCCCUUGAUUCCCUCGCUGAGGUGGCCCUCCAGAACAGGAGAGGAUUAGAUUUACUUUUGCUGAAACAAGGCGGCUUAUGUGUUGCCUUGGAUGAGAAAUGCUGCUUUUAUGCAAAUCAUUCAGGUCUCAUCCGUAACAGUCCAGACCUAGUCAAAGCCCACCUGGAGGACCGGGAAAGCCAGUAUGCCACCCGCUACCACUACCUCUUCCUCAGUGCCAUCUCUGGUGCUUGA